GUUAAGGUGUUCAGAGCUCUGUACACAUUUGAACCCAGUACUUCAGAUGAAUUAUGCUUCGAAUAAGGUGAUAUUAUCUACAUUACUGACAUGAGUGAUACCAACUGGUGGAAAGGUACUUCCAAAGGCAGGACUGGAGUAAUCCCAAGCAACUAUGUGGCAGAGCAGGCAGAGUCUAUUGACAAUCCACUGCAUGAAGCUGCAAAAAGAGGCAAUUUGAGCUGGUUGAGAGAGUGUUUGAACAACCGAGUUGGGGUCAACGGCUUAGACAAAGCAGGGAGCACGGCCCUGUACUGGGCUAGCCUCAGGGGUCACAAAGAUAUAGCCGAAAUACUGUUGACUCAACCAAACAUUGAAUUGAACCAGCAGAAUAAGUUGGGAGAAACAGCUUUGAAUGCACCUGCCUGGAAGGGCUAUGUGGAUAUUGUCCAGUUGCUUCUGGAAAAAGGUGCUAGAAUAGACUUAAGAAACAACGAGAAGAAGCUGGCUCUGGACAUGGCCACUAACGCGGUCAGUGCAUCUCUCCUGAAGAAGAAGCAGGGAGCAGAUGCAGUUCGAACAUUAAGCAAUGCAGAGGACUAUCUUGAUGAUGAAGACUCUGAUUAAUUCCCUGCCAGAGCAUGGAGAUCUCAAAAUUCUGUUGCUUUUGCCUUUCCGAAGCUUGCCUUUGCGAGAAGAAAAUAGUGUUGGUAAAUUAAAAA